AUGGCUACCUUCGAUGUGACCGCAGCCCGCUCUCGCUUCCCUGCGUUGCAGCAGAAGCAAGUAUUCAUGGACAACGCUGGCGGCAACCAAGUCCUGGAUACUGUAGCCGACUCUAUUCGUUCUUACUUGCUCAAUACGAACGUUCAGCUUGGCGCUUCAUAUCAGGUGUCCAAAGCUUCAACCGACGCAUACGCAAACGCAUACAAAGUGGCCGCUGGAUUCAUCCACGCCACGCCCGAAGAGAUCAGCAUCGGUGUAUCAACCACGCAGUUAUUGCAUAAUCUUUCCACGGCCCUCAUAUUUCAGCCCGGCGAUGAGCUAGUCCUCUCCAAGCUUAACCAUGAGGCUAAUACCGCCCCGUGGGUCCAGAAUCCCGUCUGUGAUCCAACCGAGUUGAAGUCAUUGCUGUCCAACAAGACCCGACUUGUGGCAUGCCCUCAUGCUUCCAACAUCACCGGGACGAUCAGUCCUAUUCGCGAAAUUGCAGAUGUCGUUCACGGCUACCCUCGCGCACUUCUCUGUGUGGAUGGAGUGGCCCUUGCACCUCACCGUCAGGUUGACGUGAAGGCGUUGGACGUGGAUUUCUACGCCUUCUCGUGGUACAAAGUGUACGGGUCCCAUCUGGCGCAACUCUACGCGUCGUCACGCGUACACGAGCAGAUCCAGUCGCUGGGACAUUUCUUUAAACCCACGCAUACACUGGAUCUGAAGCUCAACCUGGCGUCGGCCAAUUAUGAACUCACGCAGAGCAUUCCCCAGGUUGUGGAGUACUUUGGCUCCGACCCUGAGUCAACGUGGAUCCACAUGGCCGAGCAUGAGGAGCGGCUACAGAAGACGAUACUUGAUUUCCUGGCAUCGGAUAGCCGGGUGACCGUUAUCGGUGAGCGGUCGGCAUGUAAGGAGGUUCGCGUGCCGGUGAUCAGUUUCAUCGUGCAGGGAGUUGGCAGCCAGCGACUUGUGGAGGAAGUUGAGAGUCGAUCGGCGUUUGGGUUCCGUAGUGGUCAUAUGUACAGCCACCGGCUGUUGACCGACGUGUGGGUUCACCGAUGUGGAGGACGGGGUGGUGCGGAUCAGCUUCCUGCACUAUAA